ACACUAGACACGCAAACGUACACACGAGAGCAGAGCAGAAGAAAAAGAAGAAGCAGCAGCUGAAGCAGAGGGAUUAACCGUUCACUGGACAUCAGCAGCGACAGAAGCAGAGAAACGCAUCCAACAUUGUUGUAGUUUAGUGCAUCGGAAAGACAGGGCAGAAGCAGCGACAGAGUAAAGACCGUGAAAGAGUCAAGUAAGAGAGUGAGAGAGAGAGAAAGAGCGCGUAAUUGCAAUCAGAGAUCACGAUGUAUAAAACAAUACGUCACGGCGAGAACAGCCUGCAAUACACGAUUCUACCGCAAAACGAUGACUUCCGCAUCGAGGGUAAACUGUCGGCUGCCUCCUCGUCCUCCUCGUCGUCAUCCGCCGCCUCGUCCAAGCGCAGCUCGGCGGCGGGACAGCGACGACGACGUUCUUUCUUCGCCUACCUGGGCCUGAUCUUUGUCUGCACCGUCAUCAUUGGCGCUGUGCUCAUCCCCUUCCUGGUCUCCGCCGAGUGUCUGCCCAAUCCCACAGAAUGGUUCCUCAAAACCAAGGCGGCCCUCACCCAUAGCCGAGCACCCACUGGAUCUGGAGUUGGAAUUGUAGCUGGAGCUAGAACUGGAUCUGGAGAUGCCAUACCGGGCACACUGCCCACCGGGUCGCCACUGCUGCAGCUGGGUCAGAGCGUGGGCAAAACAGUGCAGAUUGUGAACAGGAAUGGAAUCGAGCAAUUUGUGCUGAAGGUCAACAAAACGUCCGCCACAGCUCCCACCACAGGAUCAGAGGAGCUGCAGCAGGUGCUGCCCCUCAGCAGCAGCACAACCACAACAACAAGCAGCAGCACCACCACCACCACUACAAAGGCACCCACGACCAGCAGCAGCACCAGUACCACAGCUGCAACGACAACCACGACCAGGGAGCAGCCGCCGCCGCCGCCCGUUCCGGUCAGCACUACCGGAUAUGUUGCAGUAGUCCCACCGCAAGCCCAGCAGCGUCACCUACCGGCCACCACGAUCACCACGCGAAUCAUACAGGUGCCGUUAUUAAAGUCGGCCGCCAAGAAGCCCAUUAUGCCCCCCGUCUUGGCCAAGACGCAGGGCGCUGUAGAGCAGCAGCAGCAGCAGGGAGCGAAAAUGGAGAAGGGCCAGAACAAGAGCAACAGCGACUGGAUAAAGACGCACUGGGCCUACAUAGAUCCCUCGACCUACUUCCAGUGGACCGGCUACAAGGCCGAGGAUAGCGUGCUGCUGCCCGCCCUCUUGGGAUUCGCACUCAUUGGCAUGAUUUUGAUCAUCACGGUCUGCCUGGUGGCACGCAACAAGCGCACCAUCGUGUCCUCGGUGCGCAAGCGGAAUCGUAAUGACAUUGAGGAGCAGGGAGCCGAGGAUAAUGCCACGCUGCUUACCACCACCAAUCUGUCGGACGAUGACUAAGGAAUCUCCGAUCAUCUUUUGUUUUUGCGCCAGUCUGCUUGUCCAACGAUCCUUUGCUUGAUCCUUUGAUAUGGAUGCACACACGCACACAGAAAUGGGACAAGUGCUUCGGGAGUAUUCGGAUUCUUACAAUAAGCUCUCUCGCUGAACGCCCAAAGCCCCCCAUACAUCCCAAAUGCCCCAUUCCCAAGCAACUUUCACUGUUAUGUUUCUCUCCCAGAAAAAAAAAAAAACCAAAAAAAAAGGCGAAGCUGAAGACUGUUUCUUGAAAACUCCAACACACACACAAAAAUUAACUGAAAGGCUAAUUUUUCCACACAUUUCUUUCUCGAAAACUCGUUUUGAAACUCUUUCCAAAAAUUAUGCUUAGGUUGUGUCCAUGUCUUACCGUGUGCAUGAGAGAGUAUGAGUGUGCAUAUGUAUAUGCGUGUGUGUGAAAGAGAAAGAGAGAGCUUAUUUCCAUAAUCUAUAAAGAAAUAUUUAUACAUUAUACGCGCGGGGAUGAUGCUCGUUCGACGCUCGAUUAGAAUUCGAUGCUCUAAACAAUUGUGACUCAAAUAUUCCCAUUAUCAAAUGAGCUCUUAUCUCCCCCACUCAAAUGGAGUGGCACGGUGCAGUGCGGUUCAUAACUGUACACAAAAUGGUACUAAAUGGCAGUAUUAGGUUUGGAGCUAUAAAUGGGAACCCAUUAGGCAUUCAAGUUAUUCAAGUUCAGUCUCCAGUCCGAUGAUAGGAAAUGCUUGAGUUUCUCCUUGUACCAUCGAUUCUAUUCGAGUACAUACGAUUGGCAUGACAUGGAAUAGAAUCAGAAUGCUAAAUGUUAAUAACAAGCGAUAUUCAAAUUGAAUUUAAUAUUUCAUUCCCAUUUAAUGGACGCAAAUGCUCUCAUACAGUUCGUUCUGGCAGCGCACCGCACACCGUAGUUAAGAUUUAAAUAUUAAUUGAUGGCAAACAAAAAAAAAACUAUACAAUAUAUCGUGAUGUCCACCAGGCAUCUAAAAAUGCUGAUGCUUAGAGGUGUCCGUCGUCUCCCCUUAUAAUUAGCUUAUAAUUCGUGUGUACUCUUGAAACCAAAGAAUUCAAAUCAAAUGAAACGUCCAGAAAUGAUAAAUACUUUCUUCUAUUUUUUUUUUUUUUUGUGGUGUCGGUCUAGCCAAGAGGUGGUCCUGGACUGUACUUAAUUUAUAGCACAAAUAUUGAACUACGAACAGAUGGAAAAAAAGCUUCUAAAUGCAUUUACCAUUAGCUGAGAGCAGCCGAAUCUCCAAUGUCCUGAAACGAAGGGAUGGAUGAUUCAUGUUUUGGAGCACCGCUUAAAGCCGAGCACCCCAAACAAAAAUAAAACCAA